AUGGGUGGUGUAACGGGACCAGUUUUCCUGUGGCUGCAAGUUGUGUUGGGGGUAACUCUCCACAGAGCCCGUCGGACUUUACUGCAGGCUGCCAUCCUCUUCUGCGUUUUAGCGCUGCUGGUCUGGGUGGCCGUCUUCCUCUAUGGUAGCUUCUACUACUCCUAUAUGCCCACCGUCAGCUUCUCUACACCAGUGCACUACCACUACAGUUCCGACUGUGAUGCUACCAAUUCAGUCCUCUGCUCUUUCCCUGUGGCUAACAUCUCACUGCUGAAGAAUGGCAAAGACCAGGUUAUGAUCUAUGGUCAGCCAUAUCGAAUCUCUUUAGAGCUGGAAAUGCCUGAGUCGCUUGUCAACAAACAGCUUGGCAUGUUCAUGAUUAAGAUGUCUUGCUACACCAACGAUGACCAGACAGUUGCAGCUGUGGUGCGCUCUGCUAUGUUGCACUACCGCUCUGGUCUUCUGCAGACCUUGAAUACUCUACUGUUCUCUCCUCUCCUGCUGACUGGGAUGACGGAGCAGAAGCAGCUCGUUGAGGUUGAGCUCUUCUCAGACUACAAGGCCAAUUCUUAUCAACCCACUGUUGGCGCUGUCAUUGAGAUUCAGUCUCGGCUGGUGCAGGUCUAUUCAGCUCAGCUCAGGAUCCAUGCUUUCUUCACUGGCAUCAGAUACCUCCUGUACAAUUUCCCGGUGAUGUCUGCAGUGAUAGGUGUGGCCAGCAACUUUGCCUUCCUCAGUGUCAUUGUGCUCUUUGGAUACCUGCAGUUUAUAUGGGGGGGACUUUGGCCUCCCGAGCAGGUCAGGGUAAGAUUCGGUCUAAUUUUCUCUGUUAUGAUGGGAGACACGACUCGCAUGCAGUGGAGAAGAGAAGAGGCUCGGAAGCGCAUGUCCUUCUCACAAAAGUCGUCGUCAGAUGAGCCCCCAGUGCUCCUGGAGGCUCUUCAGAUUUAUGAGACCGAUGCAAGUGAAGAGGAGCCUGCUGAUCUGCAGGAUAGAGGUGCAGUGGCGGGACCCCAGGUGCCUCAGCUAGGGGACUCUAUGCUGCGUCAGAGACGGGGACCCUGGAUGAGUCUCUGA